AUGGAUAUGAAAAAAGAAAUAAAUCCUCAUCAACGCUCUUAUUCAGUUAUGGCUGUGCCUAGUGAAUUAGAACAGCAUAGGAAAAAUAAGCAAAACAAUCCUAGUAAUAAUCUCGUUAUACCAUGGCAUAUAGAAAUGUAUCAAAAGUAUGGCUAUGAACCCAAAUUAACCAAUCCUUCCUAUUUUGGACCUUACUUAUUAUUACAAACAUUGGGGGAAGGUGAAUUUGCUAAAGUGAAAGCUGCAGUUCAUGUUCAAACAAAUCAAGAGGUGGCAAUUAAAUUAAUGAGAAAAGAUCAUAUUAAACAAGCAUCAUUAGAAACAAAGCUUGAAAGAGAGAUAUCGAUUUUAAAGACUGUUUGUCAUCCAAAUAUUGUCAAACUGUUUGAAGUAUUGACUAUUAAGAAUUAUAUUGGAAUUGUAUUACAAAGAGCAGCAGGUGGCGAAUUAUUUGAUUAUAUUUUAAAGCAUCAUUAUUUACAAGAAAAUGAAGCAAAACGAUUAUUUUCACAACUGAUAAGUGGAGUAGAUUACAUGCAUCAAAAGCUAAUUGUUCAUAGAGACCUUAAACUGGAAAAUUUACUUUUAAGUAAAGAUCGUGAUAUUAUUAUCACUGACUUUGGGUUUGCAAAUCGUUUUUUAAUUGCUAAAGAAGACUAUUUAAUGACAACUUCGUGUGGUUCACCUUGUUAUGCUGCACCAGAGUUAGUGAUUAACCAAAAUGAUGAAAACAAUAAUAACAACAGCAAUAAUAAUAAUACAAAUUAUGUUGGCACUGCAGCUGAUAUCUGGUCAUGCGGCGUUAUCUUAUUUGCCAUGUUAUGUGGUUAUUUACCUUUUGAUGAUGAUCCAACAAAUCCUCAAGGAGCCAACAUCAACGCGUUGUACAAAUAUAUCAUUAGUACUCCACUUGAAAUACCAAAGACGAUUAGUCUUGAUGCAACCCAUUUAUUACGUCGAAUGCUUGUACCAGAUCCUAAAAAGAGAUGUAAAAUGGAAGAACUUAAAAACCAUCCUUGGUUAAAUGAUCAUAGAGAGAUAUUAAGUAAAUCUUUACAUGAGCUUGAAGAAGAAGAAGAAAAAGGAGAAUAUCAUUAUUAUCCUUAUCGGUUAGACUCUUCCGCAUAUCAAGUAAGACAAGCACUUUAUAAUAAUAAUACAACUACUUCUAUAAUAAAUGACACACGGACUAUGUUACCUAAAUUACCACGGGAAUCAGCCAUGAAUCAGGAGAAACAAACGACUGCUAUUUGUACAACCGAAAAGAAUGUCUUUCAUUCUUUUACUAAAAAACCAAAGAAACCUAUAAAAGAAGAAGAGAAGUUCUUUUCGACUUUAUAUCAACGUUAUUUAGCCAAUUCACAGACUAAUACUACUACUACUAGUGCUACUGCUACUGCUACUACUAAUAAUAAUAAAAAUAAUAAUAAUAGUAAUCAUAUUAAUAAUAAUAAUAAAAAUAAUAAAAAUGAUUCAAAUAGAAGAUCUAUGUUUAAUUCUAGUAGUAGUAAGAUACCUAAUCGUUCACAAAGUGUUAAACAGUCAUCAACAUUACCACCAUCAACUAGACGUCAAAGAAUGAAGAGUGAAAAUUAUACUAGUAGUAGUGGUAGUAGUAGUAGUAGUUGUACAAGACAAGAUGCUCAUCCUUCUUCACUCUUUCCUAUUUUACCUUCUGUUUCUGAGCAAACAACUGUAGCAAGUAAUACUAGUAACAAAACAAAAUCAAAAGGUCAAAAGAUUAUAGAUUGGUUUAAACGCGUUAAUAAUAGACCUCCUAAUUCACAAAGUACAAGGUUACCUAUCCAUUCUUAUUAUAAAAAGGAACAAUCCAGUACAAUAAAAGGACGAAAGGACGAGAGACCUUCAAGUCAGGUAUCUAAUAACCCUAUUCGAGUCAUGUCAAUUGGUAAACCCUUCGGGUCUUAUGCUGCCGAUUUUAAUGAUACUAAACUCCGAGUUCACCGAGGAGCGGUAGAUCAAGAUGCACUUACUUCAAGGGCUCCUAAUGAAGUUCUUCAAUCUAUUAAAGAAUCACUCACGAUGAUGGGAAUUGAAAUGAAACGAUGUCGUGAUUAUAAAAUUAAAUGUUUACGUCCUGCACGUUUAGUAUUACAACAAUCAUCAACAAGGAUGAGAAAGAUGAGUACCGUGAUCGUACCUCCCUUUAAAUCAUUUUUUACUGAUAAAACAGCAACAACAACAACAACAACGACGACGACAAAUAAAGCAUCUGCAACCACGGCUGCUGCCACAACGAGUCAUGUUCUUUAUGGAGAACAAGGAAUCGAUACAGGCGAAGAAGUACAAUUCAAUGUUGAACUCUCCAAAAUUGAAAAUUUACCAGGACUCUAUGUCGUUGACAUUAGGAGAUCAAGAGGAAAUAUUUGGGCAUUCAAAUUUUUAUAUCAUACUUUAUUAGAUUUAUUAGAUCUUAGUAAAAAAGGUCAAGGAGGUAUGGCUUACAUGGCUCAUAGACGUAUGACAGAUGAACCAAAUGUAGAAGACAAUCGAAUUAGUUAUAUGACAAAUAGUAGUAGUGGAAGUAGUAUUAUGGUCUUUGAGGAAACAUAA